GGCCGACCUGAACAAGCCUCAAUGACAAUUUUCAGAAAUCCGGAAAACGAUGAAAUAAAUAAGGGCAAGCAAAGCUGGGGCCGACCAAUUGAACGAGCGAGGCAGGAUGAUCGAGGCAGCGGAGCUUGAAGAGAUAAUUGUUGGUUGGUUCGAAGAAGGAUUGAUCCUCAGUUCCAGUCCGUUCGGCCCAGACCCUCUUUUCUUAUGGCCCUUUGCGCAUGUCUCUAUCUUGUCUGUCCGUCCGUCUGUCUGUCUGUCUGUCUCUCACGGUCAGUCUCUCGGUCUGUGUCGCUCUUGUCUCCCUCCGUCUUAAAUAUAACUCUUUCGUUGGACUCGUAAACUCUCAUCAAUUUAAAUCAUCGAUUUCCCUUAUGACGAUUGAGUUCAAUCUUCCUUUCUCCUUUCCUUCUCUCCUUUGGCAAUUCUUCCUUUCCCUUUCUCCUUCUAUUAUUUCUGCUAUUGUUCCUAUCCUCCUCCUAUCGCCCUCUCUGCCUUUUUUUCACCUUAAACCCGCCCGCCCCACAGGGCAACCUCGACUUCUUCCUUUUUUUCUUCCUGCUCUCAAUUACAUGGUUCGACACAAAUUAAGAAAACCGUCAAGACGGCAAAAUAAAAUAUAAAAGGCACACCGUUCUUAUCGAUUAGACUGGAAGGAAGGAAGACUGGGUUACGACGAAGAGAGCAGCAUUGAAUCUUGCUGGAUUUCUCUCUCUCCCUCUCUCUCUUCCUCUUCCUGUCGGUCUAUCUCUCGGCCGCCCGUCCUUCGUUUCCACCUCCCCUCCACCUCCGCCGCAGCC